CUGUUCAGAAUGACCCAAAAAACAAACAUUCAUUGUGCAGUAGUGAAGUUAGUCAGAGUAGUUACCUCCGUAAAAUAAGCAAACUAGUGAACACAUGGAGACGAUAAAGAAUGUCCUCAGUUUGGAGUGGCUGGACGGCAGCAGUAUUUUGAUAUUUCUGUGUGUUUUUCUGUUGUUGGCUGAUGUUUUGAAGAACAGAGCCCCGACUAACUUUCCUCCUGGACCGUGGUCUCUACCUUUGAUUGGUGAUCUUCAUCGGAUUGAUCCCAGCAGACUUCACCUGCAGUUCAAAGAAUUUGCAGAGAAAUAUGGAAACACCUUCAGCCUUCGUCUCUUUGGUGGAAGGGUUGUGGUCAUUAAUGGCUACAAACUAGUGAGAGAGGCGCUCGUCGAAAGAGGAGAAGACUUCAUAGAUCGUCCCAUCAUACCACUUUUUGAAAAUGUAAUUGGGAAUAGAGGUCUGGUGGUAUCAAAUGGCAAUCCGUGGAAGCAGCAGAGAAGAUUUGCUCUUCAUACACUCAGAAACUUUGGUGUCGGCAAGAAAAGCCUGGAGUCAUCCAUCCAGCAGGAAUGCCAGUAUCUCACUGAGGCUUUUGCCCUUCAGCAAGGCAAGCCUUUUAAUGCCCAGUUACUGAUAAACAAUGCUGUGUCCAACAUCAUCUGCUGCCUGGUGUUUGGGCAGCGCUUUGAGUACACUGACAAGCAGUUCCAGUGUAUUCUGCAGAACUUCAGAGAGGUAGUGAUCAUACAGGGAACUUUGUGGGUACAGGCGUAUAACACAUUCCCCUCGCUUAUGAAGUGGGUGCCUGGACCUCACCAGAAGUUUUUCACUUUGAUACAAAAGAUAUUUGACUUCAUAGAAACCAAGAUCAACGAACACAAAGAAAGUCAUGACCCCUCCUCACCAAGAGACUACAUCGACAGCUUCCUCACAGAGAUGGGAGAGAAAGAGGACAAAGAUUCUGGUUUCGAUUUGAAGAAUUUGGGUUCUUGCACUAUAGACCUCUUUGGUGCUGGAACUGAAACAACUACCACUACUUUACACUGGGGACUGCUAUACAUGAUCCAUUACCCACACAUCCAAGAGAGAGUUCAGGCUGAGAUUGAUAAAGUCGUUGGUUCAUCCAGACAGCCCUCUCUGGCUGACAGAGAAAACAUGCCCUAUACGGAUGCAGUCAUCCAUGAAAUCCAGAGGAUGGCCAACAUCAUUCCUCUUAAUGUGGUUCACAUGGCAAGCAAGGACACCAAGCUUAACGAGUACACAAUCCCAAAGGGAACCAUAAUCAUGGCCACACUUGACUCAGUUCUCCAUGAUGAGUCGAUGUGGGAGACUCCACACUCUUUUAACCCUCAACAUUUUCUGGACCAGGAUGGCAAAUUUAGGAACAGGGAUGCCUUCCUUCCCUUUUCAGCAGGUAAGCGUGUGUGUCUCGGGGAAAAGCUGGCCAGGACGGAGUUAUUCCUCUUCUUUACCUCCCUGCUUCAGAGGUUUUCUUUCUCCCCAUCCGCUGGAGAGCAGCCCAGUUUGGAGUCCAGUUUCGGAAGCAUCCGCGCUCCCAAACCUUACAGCCUCUGUGCCGUACAACGAUAAACCACCAACUGACUGAAACUGAGCCAUCUGCUUCACAACACAGUUUAAUAUAUCUUGUAAUAAAUGAUUAACGUCUGCUUUAUUGUUCUUUUCCUGUAGUGUGAUUUAAACAUAAUUUGGAAGUGUAUUUCUUCUUAAGCCUUUUUAUAUUAUAUUUUUAAAGACUUAUUGAUAACAAUGUUCCUACUUUUCACUGCACAUUGGGCUCAUUUUAUGGAAGUUGAUAGAUUAUAUUGUUUUAUAUUAUUAAAUGAUAACGAGAUUU